UGAUAGUGCGCCGUUCCGCGGGUUCGGCAACGUGCUGGCAGCAGGCGGCUUUGGGGGCUCGUUUAGGUUGGGUUGAAAAAAAAAAAUUGUUUUUAACGUAAAGUACGUCUAAUAUCACAUUUUGUAUAACUGGUUCAGGUACGUUUAACUUAAUAUUUCCUAAAUAUGCCGCCGAAGAAAUCCAAAGCGAAGUCCGGCAAGAAAGAACAAGCUGGAAAAGGUACUGCUGAAGGCGACGUUGAAAAAAAGCUUGAGGACCUCGACAUAAGCGACGGCUCUGAUGGUGAAGACCACGAUUGCAAGCCUGUACGUCGCAGUCAGAACAAAUUUCAGGCUCUGGGAAGUGACGACGAUGCCGAGAAUAGUGAAGGCUCUGAGAAGGAAAGCAGAGGCGAUGACGCCAGCAAAGAGGUGGCACCAGCCAAGAAGGUAUCUCACAAAGAGAAGAAAAUGAUGAAAAAGCAGUCAGAGUACCAGAAACAGCUGGAGAGUCUCAACAAGGGAAAGACAUCAUCUGACGGAGACCAAUUUACAAUAUCCCAAGCUGACAAGUCGGCUGCACAGCAGAUUCAGCAGGAGAAUGCCGUAGACAUUAAGGUUGACAAUUUCUCCAUCUCGGCAAGAGGCAAAGAUCUUUUUGUAAAUGCUAGUCUCACAAUUACAGCUGGCAGGCGCUAUGGCCUUGUGGGGCCCAACGGCCAUGGGAAAACAACACUGUUGAAGCACAUUGCGAACCGUUCCUUGAACAUUCCACCCAACAUUGAUGUCCUACUGUGUGAGCAAGAGGUGGUUGCUGAUGACACCCCUGCUGUUGAAGUUGUCCUCAAGGCUGAUUUUAAACGCACUGAACUUCUGGAAGAGCAGAAAAAGUUGGAAGAUGAUGCAGCUCGUGGCAAUCUGAAGAAUCAGGACAGACUUACAGAAGUCUAUGAAGAAUUGCAACUGAUUGGUGCUGACUCAGCUGAAGCACGGGCUCGACGGAUUUUGGCUGGUUUGGGUUUCACACGUGAGAUGCAAGAUAGGCCUACCAAACAGUUUUCUGGUGGUUGGAGGAUGAGAGUGUCCCUUGCCAGGGCCCUUUUUAUUGAGCCUACUUUACUCUUGUUGGAUGAACCGACCAAUCAUUUGGACCUGAACGCUGUAAUUUGGCUUGAUAACUAUCUUCAAGUCUGGAAGAAAACCCUUCUGGUGGUUUCCCACGACCAGAGCUUUUUAGACAAUGUUUGCACAGAUGUCAUACAUCUAGACAACCAAAAGCUUUUCUACUACAGAGGAAAUUUCAGUCAAUUUAAGAAAAUGUAUGUUCAACGAAGAAAAGAACUGGUCAAGGAGUAUGAGAAGCAGGAGAAAAAGAUCAAGCUCAUGAAGGCAUCUGGCAUGUCAAGCAAAACUGCUACUAAAACCACAGUGCAAGCUCUGACACGGAAGCAGCAGAAGAACAAGCAGAAGCUGCAGGGUACCGAGGAAGACAAUGGCCCUCCAGAGUUGAUCCAGAGGCCCAAGGACUACAUUGUUAAGUUUAAGUUUCCAAACCCGCCGCCACUGAACCCACCUAUCCUUGGCCUUUAUAAUGUCACAUUUGGAUACAAAGGACAGCCAUUACUCUUCAAGAACCUAGAUUUUGGUAUUGACAUGUCUUCCAGAGUGGCUGUUGUUGGGCCAAAUGGUGUUGGGAAAAGUACAUUUCUCAAGCUUCUUUGUGGAGACCUAACUCCGCUUGAAGGUGAAGCUCGAAGAAACCACAGGCUGAGAAUAGGUCGUUUUGAUCAGCAUUCUGGGGAGCAGCUGAGUUCUGAUGAAAGCCCCGUUGAGUACCUUCAGAGGCUGUUCAACCUCAACUACCAGGAUGCACGCAAGCAGCUGGGUAGCUUUGGACUGGUGAGCCAUGCACACACAAUCAAGAAUUGUGAUCUCUCAGGUGGCCAGAAAGCACGAGUUGCCUUGGCUGAGCUGUGCCUCAGGGCUCCUGAUGUACUGAUUUUGGAUGAGCCUACAAACAACCUGGACAUUGAGUCAAUUGAUGCCUUGGCAGAGGCCAUUGGAGAAUAUGAAGGAGGUGUCAUCAUUGUGAGCCACGAUGAGCGCCUCAUACGUGAAACAAAUUGCCAGCUGUGGGUGAUUGAGCACAAAGGAAUAGAAGAAAUUGAUGGAGACUUUGAAGACUACCGCAAAGAACUUCUGGAGUCUUUAGGGGAGACUGUUAAUAACCCAAGUAUAGCUGCACGCCAAGCAAUGGAAUAAUAAAAUUUUUGCUUUUUAAUUACA